AUGAUGUUCUACAAAGCGCUGACUGCAGCCUGCUUCAUUUUGACGCCCAUUCUUCUGGGAUCUCUGACGGGGUUCCUCUUUCGUCCCGAUGGUCACUGGUUUAACAAACUCAUAAAGCCCUCAUUCAACCCCCCUGGAUGGCUCUUUGCACCUGUGUGGACUACUCUAUACGCAUUGAUGGGUUAUGCGUCGUACAGAAUCUGGACAUUGAGGGCAACGAAUGAAGUGGACAGUGCUAUGACGUUGUACGGUGUUCAACUGGUUGUCAACAUGAUGUUCACUCCGGCCUUUUUUGGAUUCCAUAAACUUCUUCUGGCUGCAAUCAUCUGCACUUUUGUUGCUGUGCUGAUUGUCUGCACGAUGACGGUCUUCUACUCGAUCGAUCAAAUAGCGAGUUUCCUUCUUCUUCCAUAUUUGGCGUGGAGCUCUUUCGCAACAGUUCUAUCGUGGAGUAUAUUCUACCUGAAUAUAGGCAACGACGAUCUGCUUCACUGCUAG